CAAGGCAGCCAGGAAGAAGCUGCCAGCGGAGCGGACCCUUAUUUUGGCCAUCAUGGGCACCGCAUCCUCAAUGGUCAGCCCAGGCGAGGUGAUCGAGGACGGAUAUGGGGGUGAAGGCGGAGAAGCCUGUGAGAUACCCGUCGAGGUCAAGCCCAAAGCCCGACUCCUGCGCAGUUCCUUUCGCCGAGGACCUCGCGUGAUUGGGGCCAGUUUCAAAUCCACGGGCUCUGUGGAUCUAGAGUAUGCUGCAGAAUAUGAAAGACUCCGUAAAGAGUACGAAAUCUUCCGUGUCAGUAAGAACAACGAGAUCUCAUCCAUGCAAAAGAAGGAAGCCAAGCUGGAUGAGGAGAAUAAGAGGCUGAGAGCUGAGCUACAGGCUCUGCAGAAGACCUACCAGAAGAUUCUUAGAGAGAAAGAGAGUGCUCUUGAGGCAAAAUAUCAAGCUAUGGAGAGGGCUGCCACCUUUGAACAUGAUAGGGACAAAGUAAAACGCCAGUUUAAGAUUUUCCGGGAGACAAAGGAAAAGGAGAUACAGGAUCUCCUGCGAGCUAAAAGGGACUUGGAGGCCAAACUGCAGCAGUUACAGGCUCAGGGCAUUCAGGUUUAUGACCCAAAUGACUCUGAUUCAGAUGACAACCAAACCACUGUCACUGCUGCAGGAACACAGUGUGAGUAUUGGACUGGCGGUGUGCUGGGAAGUGAGCCCUCUAUGGGUAGCAUGAUGCACUUGCAACAGACAUUCAGAGGACCAGAGUUUGCACACAGUUUGAUAGAUGUGGAAGGGCCCUUUGCCAAUGUGAGCAGAGAUGACUGGGAUGCUGCUGUGGCGAGUCUGCUUCAAGUGUCACCCCACGUUCCCCAGGCCUUGUGGAGUAACACAGUGCGCUGCUACCUGAUCUUCACCCAGGAGACCAAAGCUGAGCUGGAUAUUUUUCUAAAGAAACACACAUCUGCACUGCGGCGAAUAUGUGAGAGUCUAGGCCAUUUCUACCUUAAUGUCUUCUUCCCAGAGGAGAAUGCAGCUUCAUACACUGUAGAGCGCAAGCAGGAGAUUGAAAGGAGUUCUGUGUGUGUGCUUCUUCUCAAAUCUACUGUCACUAGCUCUGUGGUGGAGGAUUGUGAAGAGGCUUUUGUUAAGAAUCCAGAUGGCCAUCCAUUGGUGCUCUACCUUAGGACUGAAGAAGAUCGCAAUUUGACCGGACCCAUCAGGCAACUGCUAGAACGGGUCAAUGCUGCAGACAAGGCUGCUAAAAUCAAGGUAGUAGAUCAUAGUGGCUCUGCAGAGGAGGGGGCCAGCCUGAUUUAUACUCAACUAGAGAAAGUCAUCAAGCAGGAGUUGCUUGGUCUUGAAGGAGCAGAUGCUGAGUGUAAGGACUCUGGGAUGGACGAGGGACGCGAGGAAGACUCGGGAGAUGUGCUGUGGGACCUACAUGAUGAGCAGGAACAGAUCGAGGCCUAUCAGCAGGCUUGUAGCAGCACCACCUCACAGUUAAGCUUCCAGAAGUAUAUAGAUCGUUUGAAUGACAUGAUAGCUGCUCCCCCUCCCACACCACCUCUCCUGGUAUCUGGUGGUCCAGGUUCAGGAAAAUCUCUCUUGCUCUCCAAAUGGAUCGAACUGCAGCAGAAACAAUCCCCCAACACCUUGUUUCUUUAUCAUUUUGUUGGCCGCCCACUUUCAACAAGCUCAGAGCCGGUUCUUAUUAUCAAACGCCUCACAGUUAAACUGCUGCAGCACUUCUGGUCCAUUUCUGGCUUGUCCAUGGAGCCCAGUAAGAUCUUGGAGGAGUUUCCCCGCUGGCUUGAAAGACUGUCAGCACGCCAUCAAGGAAAUAUUAUCAUCAUCAUCGACUCCAUUGACCAAAUACAGCAAGCAGAAAGACACAUGAAGUGGCUGAUUGACCCUCUCCCUGUCAAUGUCAGAGUUGUGGUGUCUGUCAAUGUAGAGACGUGUCCUCAGGCUUGGAGGCUGUGGCCCACACUCCACUUAGACCCACUGAGUCCCAGAGAGGUCAAGAGUAUUGUCAGUGCAGAGUGCCAGAGCAUGGAUCUCAAACUUACUAAGGAUCAGGAGAAGAAGCUGGAAAGGCACUGUCGCUCUGCAUCGACAUGCAAUGCGUUAUAUGUCACGCUGCUGGCAAGGAUGAUCACCAGUAGAUCCUUUGGGUCGCUGGAGAAGAGCCUGGAGCAGUGUCUGCAGUGUCAGGACACCAUGUCAGUCUGCCGCCUGGCACUCAAAAUGACAUUGAGCUCCCUCAGCACGGACAGAGAGCGCCACAUUAUGAGAGAGAUACUGGGCCUUGUAUGUGCCAGCCAUAAUGGAGUGAGUGAAUCAGAGGUACUAGAUCUUUUCCCAGAGGUAGAGUUGCCUGUCCUUUCCUCUCUGCUCUACCGCCUGAACAGACUCUGCAUUGUGACUCUUCGUUGUGGACUCAUCAGGUUUCAACAUCUACAGGCCUGGGAAGCUGUAAGGCUGGAGUUUCUGGGUGGAGGAAGCAGCUCCACUGCUUACAGAGAGAAACUAAUCCAUUACUUCAACCAGCAACUCAGGUGCUGCAGAGAUCCUCUCCAUAAACAUAUACAUCACAAAUCACACUGCUCUGUCAGAACAACUCGUGUCUUUGUGUGUGUGUGUGUGUGUGUUUUUAGCCAGGAUCGAGUGACGUGGCGUGUUGCAGAUGAGCUUCCCUGGCUGCUCCAGCAGCAGGAGGACAGAACUAAACUGCAGCUCAGCCUCUUAAACUUGUUUGUCUCGCAAAACCUCUACAAGAGGGGCCAUUUCUCUGAGCUCUUGGCCUACUGGCAGUAUGUCGGCAAAGACAAAAGCUCCAUGGCCACCGAGUAUUUCGACUCUCUGAAGCGCUAUGAGAAGAGCUGCGAGAGUGAAGACAGCAUGACCAGGCUCGCAAACCUGUAUGAGACUUUGGGACGUUUCCUCAAAGAUCUAGGUCUUCCUAGUCAGGCUGUAGCACCUUUACAAAGGUCUCUUGAAAUUAGAGAGACAGCCCUGGACCCGGACCAUCCCAGUGUAGCUCGCUCUCUACACCAGCUGGCUGGAGUUUAUGUCCAGUGGAAAAAGUAUGGCAAUGCUGAGCAGCUGUACAAGCAAGCUCUCGAGAUAAGUGAGAAUGCCUACGGUGCUGAGCAUGCCAGCGUGGCACGAGAACUGGAGUCACUCGCCGUGCUCUAUCAGAAGCAAAACAAGUAUGAACAAGCGGAGAAACUCAGGAAGAGAUCAGUGAAGAUCCGUCAGAAAACUGCUCGACAGAAAGGUCAUAUGUAUGGCUUCAGUUUAUUGAGGCGCAGAGCCCUACAGCUGGAAGAGCUGACCCUGGGAAAAGACUCUGCAGACUGUGCCAAAACACUAAACGAACUAGGCGUCCUGUACUACCUCCAGAACAACCUAGAUGCAGCCAAGGUGUUUUUAACCCGCUCUUUGGAGAUGCGUCAGCGUGUCCUUGGUCCAGAUCACCCAGACUGUGCUCAGUCACUCAACAACCUGGCUGCGCUGCACACUGAAAGGAGGGAGUAUGAAACAGCCGAGGACAUGUACGAAAGGGCGCUAGACAUCCGCAAGAAAGCCUUGUCUCCUGACCACCCCUCACUGGCAUACACACUCAAACACCUUGCCAUGCUCUAUAAACGCAGAGGGAAACUGGAGAAGGCUGUUCCACUUUAUGAGCUGUCUCUGGAAAUCAGAGAAAAAAGUUUUGGGCCCAAGCACCCCAGUGUAGCCACAGCACUGGUCAACCUGGCUGUAAUCUACUGCCAACUGAAGAAGCACAGUGAUGCUUUGCCCCUUUAUGAGCGAGCACUGAAAAUCUAUGAGGACAGUUUGGGCCACUCUCAUCCACGGGUUGGAGAGACCCUGAAAAACCUGGCGGUGCUAAGUUAUGAAGAGGGUGACUUCGAGAAGGCAGCAGAGCUUUACAAGCGUGCAAUGGAGAUCAAAGAGGCAGAGCCAUCGUUAGUGUGUGGUAAUGCCCCAUCUCGCCAUUCCUCCAGCGGAGACGCAUUCAGUGUGAGAGGACCUGCUCCCCUCCCACAUGCUCAGAGGUGACCCUGAUUAGGUGUAUUUUGCAGCUGAUCAAUAAUGGCUGUUUGUACAGCUCGAGAGUCUUCUUGGAAUCCUGCGAUCUUACCAGAAAGAGAACAAUCCUCAAUCAUCAAUCACAAUCAGUCAAAUCACAUGUGGAUGCAGGCUUUGGUCAAAAAUAUUGUUCCUGCCAGAAGGAUUGUGAAGUCUACAGUAUUAGUUUUUGAAAACUGCAUAUCUGCUGGUAUUUGUAUGUAAUCAUGUGUAAUGCAUUCUAGGUAUCAAAUAAAUCAGUCCUUUCACAGGCUUUAAACUCAGGUUUGCGCCACACUAAACUCACAUUUCAACUCAGCAUAGAUUUAUGGGUGUGAAGUAAUUCCAGCCAUAAAAUCAUGAUUAAUGAUCACAAACAUGUUGUGUGCUUUCUGCUGUAUAGUUUACAUUAUUCUUAUUUUAAUUUAAUGUUUUUUUAAGUAGACAUUCAAAUUGUUGCACGUGAGUCAUGCUAAAAAUCCAGCACAAAAACAUUACUGAGCACAUACAGAGGAAAUACAUUAGGUGGUCCACUGUCUGUCUCCUGAUAAUUAACAGGACUAUCACAUCCAAAGCACUUUUGUUUUAAAUAUACAUUGUUUACAUUAUGAAUUAUAUAUUUUUAAUGUUUAUGCUUAUCCAAUAGUGUGUUAUUAAAAAAAGGCAAAGAUGGAGCAUAAAGUAAAAACUCCAGAACAUGCCUGAAGAAGCAUUAUCUCUGUUCCUGAUUUAAUGCUGCAUUUAUGCAAAAUAAAGUGCACAUGUAUUUAUUCAUUUAUUCAAAGUAUUUUAAGCGCCUU